AUGGGAUUGUGUUGUUCAAACUAGCAAAGUUAAAAAAUUAUGUAUUAAGAUAGUGCUCGGAAGGCAAUUCUAUACAUAGAUGACGCCUAAUUCAAAAGAAGUGAAGAUGGAUAAACUAUUACAUUUAAUUUUUGGGAUAAUGAAACAGUAAAAGGAAUUAAGAACAAUGGAUGGACAUGCGAUGGAGAAUUAUUGCUUAAGGGAGGUUGCUAAAAAGGAUUCAAUUAAGAGUUUUAAACAUAUGAUGAGUAGGGGUUUUUCGAUUUAUCGUAUUAAUUUGCAUUGUGUAAAGACUGCGCUAUUGCUGCAUUAGAGCCCCAAAAUUUGAUAAAGUGGAAUGCAUAUUUCUCUGAAGAUGGAAUUAAAAGAGUAUUUGUACUUGAUUAUUUCAUUAUUGUAAGAAAGAUUAUUAGGGGAGCAGGUACUUAUAACAAUGUUCCAAUUACAAUUCAUGGAUCAAAUGACCUCUCAACUGGAGAUAUAACGCUUUAUAAAUUAAUAUAAGGCGAGGAGAGAGAAAUAGCAUUUAGAGGAAAAAGAGAUCAAGAUUUUAACAUCAUUAGAACAAAACAUGUUGAUAAAUUUGGGACAGGACCUUUAAUAAAUGACAGUGGAUGGGGAUGUGAUGGAAGACAUAUAUUUGAAAAAUGCUUUGGAGGAAUCACAGACUUCAAUUAAACAUCCCAAAAAAUAAAUACUAUUGCUAAGAGCAUGGUUUUGAUCUUUGCUUGGAAUGCACUCAGCACGUUUACAAGUUUUUGGGUUCAAGGUGAAUCCAAGGGAGAUAUGACCUUUGAAAGACUGAUUAUAGCAAAAAAUAAGGUAUUUGGAAAUGGAGGAGACAAAAUUGGAGUAUUUAUAAUUUCUGGAACGAUCAAUCAACCAAAUGGUUAAGUUGUCUUCAGAAAACAAUACUUAGGAAAACACUUUGUCACAUAUGUAGGUGUUUUAUCUAACAAGGGCAAGACAGUAAAGGGUGAUUGGAAGAUUGAAGGUGAUUCAGUGAUCGAGGGUACUUUUGAGUUGUAAUGUGAGUGA